AUGCGCUGUGAGCAUGCUGUCAGGGGAAGGCGCACGGAACCGCCUCUUUCUGCUAAGGAAGAGAGUAAGUUCUCUGAGGCAGAUAACCUGCUCAAGCUAUCGCUCAUUAGCGUUAUAGAUGAGGGUAUGGUACCACUGUACAUGGACAUGCCUACGGGCAAGGACAUGUGGGAUGCACUGCAGGCCAAGUUCGGAGUUCCUGACGCUGGCAGUGAGCUGUACCUCAUGGAGCAGUUCUAUGACUACAAGAUGGUCGAUGACCGUUCAGUGGUAGAACAAGCUCAUGAGAUACAGAUGCUAGCCAAGGAGCUUGAGAACAACAAGUGUGUGCUUCCCGACAAGUUUGUGGCCGGCGAUAUUAUCGCUAAGUUGCCACCUACUUGGAGGGACUUUGUCACCUCUCUUAAGCACAGGAGGCAAGAGUUUAUUGUGACUGAUCUAGUUGCUUCUCUCCGUGUUGAGGAGAAUGCGAGGGCAAAGGACACACGUGAUAAGAAAGUGCAGACCAAGGGAGGCACUAGCGCCAAUUUGGUGCAGAGGAGGGACCCUCAGGCCUUCUGCAACAAGAAACACAAAAAGAACAAGAAUCCCAACGUGAGGCCACAACCUCAAGCUUUCAAGAAGAAGGAAGGACGAGGUGCCUCCCUGCUGACGGGAAACGGGACGCAUGCGGCUGUUCAUGGUGUUGGUACGGUCAAUCUGAAGUUUACUUCGGAAAAGACCGUGCAGCUGAAGAACGUGCAGCAUGUCCCUUCCAUAAAGAAGAAUCUCGUCAGAUGUAAGUGGGUGUUCAAGAAAAAGCUUAGGCCUGAUGGUACAAUUGAAAAGUACAAGGCUAGGCUUGUGGCCAAGGAUUACACCCAAAAGGAAGGCGAGGAUUUCUUUGACACCUACUCACCUGUGGCCCGAUUGACUACAAUUCGAGUACUACUUGCCUUGGAAGCCUCUCAUGGUCUUCUCGUUCAUCAGAUGGACGUGAAGACUGGUUUCCUAAAUGGAGAGUUAGAAGAGGAGAUCUACAUGGAUUAG